CACAUCUUCGUCUUCGAUACAAACAAAUCAUGGCCUCCUCUAGUGCUGUUGGAAAACUGUCCAGGGAGGAGUUCCGCCGACAAAAGGACCUCGAUGCCGCUCGUAAAGCGGGUACCGCACCUGCCGCUCUUGACGAGGAGGGCAAGGCUAUCAACCCUCAUAUUCCUCAGUACAUCUCACAGGCUCCAUGGUACCUCGACACUGGCGCGCCCUCUCUCAGCCAUCAACGGCGACCGCAAGACGACCGCUCCUCUACCAAGCUUGAUACCUGGUACGACCGGAACGUCAAAGCCGGACCCGCGGCGACCAAGUACCGCAAGGGCGCGUGCGAGAACUGCGGCGCCAUCACGCACAAAAAGCAGGACUGCCUCGAGCGUCCGCGGAAGAAGGGCGCGAAGUACACGAAUCGAGACAUCGCUCCGGACGAGAUCAUCCAGGAGGUGGCGGCGGGGUACGAUGCGAAGCGCGACAGGUGGAACGGGUACGACCCGUCGGAGCAUAAGAAGAUCUACGAGGAGUACGAGGCGAUAGAGGCGGAGCGGCAGAGGUUGAGGGAGGAGGAGAUUGAUAAUCAGACGACGACUGAUUUGGCGGCGGUGAGGAGGGUGGCGAAGGCGGGCAAGGCGGAGGGCAAGGAGGGAGAUGCGGAUUUCGGGUCGAGCGACGAGGAGGACGCGGACGAGGAUAAGUAUGCGGAUUCGGCGGACGCGGUGGGGCAGAAGAUGGACACGAAGACGAGGAUUACGGUUCGGAAUCUGCGUAUUCGUGAGGAUACGGCGAAGUAUCUCAUCAAUUUGGACCCGUCGAGUGCAUACUACGACCCUAAGACGCGUUCGAUGCGUGAUAACCCUUUGAAGAACCUGCCUCCAGAAGAGGCUCCGUUUGCUGGCGACAAUUUCCUGCGUCAUUCCGGCGAUGCUCCUCAGGUACAAGAGCUCCAGUUGUUCGCAUGGCAGGCCGCUGCUCGCGGAAACGACGUGCACCUCAACGCCAACCCGACGCAAGGCCAGCUCUUGCACAAGGAGUUCAAAGAAAAGAAGGAAGAGCUCAAGGAUACGUCGAAAGUCAGCGUGCUGGCGAAGUAUGGUGGCGAGGAGUACCUUCAGAAGGUCCCGAAGGAGCUUCUCCAAGGACAGACGGAGGAGUACGUCGAGUAUUCUCGGACGGGUCAGGUCAUCCAUGGGAAGGAGAGAGCAAAGGCUCGCUCGAAGUAUCCCGAGGAUGUCUAUGUCAACAACCAUACCGCCGUCUGGGGUUCAUGGUAUGACGCGACAGCUGGCACUUGGGGCUAUGCGUGCUGCCACUCUUCCGUCCACCUCUCGUAUUGCACGGGCGAAGCAGGCAAACUAGCCUCCCAAGCUUCAUCCGCUCAAAACUUACUCGCUGCAUCCUCCUCCCGCCAUUCACCGCCACCAGAACAGAAGUCACUUGCAGAAGAGCAUAACGAGCGGAAGGACAAGGGCAAGAGCAAGGCUUCGAACAAAAAGGCCCUUGGUGAAGAUCCCGAGCUUAACCAAGACAAGUUGGCGGAGGCGAUGAGCGAGGAACGGAAGAGGAAGUCAAGGACGGAUGAAGGGGAUGAGAGGUUCAGCAAGAAGUCAAAGGGUGGAGAAUCUGACACCAAGAAGUUCGACGUGACCGAAGAGGAGCUUGAGGCCUACCGGAGGACACGCUCCAUGGGAGAAGACCCAAUGGCGAACUACGUCGACGAGGACCUCUAGGUCUAUCUUUCCUUUUCUCCAUUGCUUGUGUACUGUAUUCUUGUAUUUAUGCUGCCGUUAUUUGCUUUGGAAUCAUGAAUGU